AUGGCCGAAAAGACGGAGAAACGCACCUUCUCGGGCAAGGCGCUGUCCACCAACAAGUCAGUCAAUGCAAAGGAUGGCCAGGUCUCCCAACGGAUCAAGAACUUUUUCCGCAUCAACAGCAGCAACGACACCCGCAAGCUCUCCGACGAGGCAAAUCCCAAGAACGAAAAGUCGGGCUUCCGCCAGUCGAGGUUCAUUCCCCACAUCUCGCGCAAUCGCUCGCAGACUGUCGCCAGCGAAGGCAACCCCUUGGAUGACAGCGUGUCGCCUACCGCGCACGCCAACCCAUACUUCGCCCACCAAGGACCACCGGCCCUGCGCCAUCACAACGCCGGCAGUGUACCUCCAUCGCCUCCAGACACCCCUGAGGUGCCCAAGACGCAACUGAACGGCGCAGCGACUACCGACGAUCACGCCACGAAUGCUGGGAAAGAGGAAUUGGCUAGGAAACUACGAAGGGUAGCUUCCGCACCUAAUGCCCAAGGUCUCUUUUCCUCGGGGAAGAACACUGAGAGACCACAGACCGCAGAACUUGGCAAGCAGCCUGUGCUACACCACCCGAACUCGUCCACCUUGAGCAUGGUCGAGACAAAUUCGCAAGAUCCAACUCAUCUUCUACCAAUAGAAGCUGGCAAACCCAUACCCUCGGCAGGCCAAAUCCGCCAGUCUGUGGCUUUCAGGAGAACCUACAGCUCCAACUCUAUCAAGGUCCGCAACGUCGAGGUCGGGCCAGGGAGCUUCGACAAGAUCAAGUUGAUUGGCAAGGGCGAUGUUGGAAAGGUAUACUUAGUACGGGAGAAGAAGUCUAGCAGGCUAUAUGCUAUGAAGGUGCUGAGCAAAAAGGAAAUGAUCAAGCGGAACAAGAUCAAGCGUGCCUUGGCCGAGCAGGAAAUUCUGGCAACCAGCAACCACCCUUUUAUCGUUACUCUAUACCACUCUUUCCAGUCCGAGGAUCAUCUUUACCUCUGCAUGGAAUACUGUAGUGGUGGUGAGUUCUUCAGAGCGCUGCAAACACGACCAAACAAGUGUGUCGAUGAGGAUGCCGCACGCUUCUAUGCGGCUGAAGUCACAGCCGCCUUGGAAUACCUCCAUUUGAUGGGUUUUAUCUACCGAGACUUGAAGCCAGAGAACAUCCUUCUCCAUCAAUCUGGUCACAUAAUGCUGUCAGACUUCGAUUUGUCGAAACAGUCUGAACCCGGCGGUCGCCCGACCAUGAUUCUCAGCGGCCGAAGCGGUACAUCAUCAAACAAUCUGCCUACUAUUGACACAAAAUCGUGCAUAAACAACUUCCGAACCAACUCGUUUGUUGGUACCGAGGAGUACAUCGCGCCAGAAGUCAUCAAGGGCUGUGGACACACAAGUGCGGUCGAUUGGUGGACCCUUGGUAUAUUGAUAUACGAGAUGUUGUAUGGAACUACGCCUUUCAAGGGCAAGAACCGCAAUGCAACGUUUGCCAACAUUCUCCGGGACGAGGUACCCUUCCCGGAGGGUUCUGGCGCGCCGCAAGUAUCGAAUCUCUGUAAAGCAAUCAUUCGCAAACUCCUGAUCAAAGACGAAACCCGACGCCUCGGAUCUCGUGCUGGCGCUUCCGACAUCAAGACCGCACCCUUCUUUAAGACAACGCAGUGGGCCCUACUACGGCACAUGAAGCCACCGAUUGUCCCUCACCAGGGCCAAGGUAUCGAGACGCCCAACUUCCGGAAUGUUAAGGAAUCCCAUAGUAUUGAUAUUGGAGCUGCGAGGGUCCAGGGCGUCCCGCUAGAUUCAGGUCUCGCUACACCCAUGGGCGAACUUGCAGAUCCGUUUGAGGAAUUCAACAGUGUCACUCUGCAUCAUGACGGAGAUGAUCACCAUCAUCAAGAGAGUCAUGGGCAACGGUAG